UGGAACUUGAAAUGGAAGUAUUUUUUCUACGUUUCAUCGUGUCGAUGUGAUGAGCUGCAAGUGGAGCAUGCAAUAUGUUUGUGAUUUUAAAAUAAGGAGAUUGUUUGCACACAAGUUUUUCUCGUUAGAUGAACGAUUCGCAUUAAUACCUUGGCAGACCAAGUGAUCCAACCAGAUUUCUAUUCUAUGCCUUGAAUUUGAUUUGUAGAAGAAAUUCUCGCUGCUUGCUCAAUUGCUAACAUCGUUAAGACCAGCCUAGGUCCUGUCGGUCUUGAUAAAAUGCUGGUAGAUGACGUUGGAGACGUGACAAUCACUAACGAUGGGGCUACUAUUUUGAAGUUACUUGACGUUGAGCAUCCUGCAGCAAAAAUUCUUGUUCAGCUCGCGCAAUUACAAGAUGAAGAGGUUGGGGAUGGGACAACAUCUGUUGUAAUUCUGGCUGCUGCACUGCUCAAGAAUGCAGACGAACUGAUUUCUCGUUUUGUUCAUCCUACCAUAGUAAUCAAUGGUUAUCGGUUGGCCUGUCGAGAAGCUUGUAAGUAUAUACAAGAACACAUGGCGUAUGAUGUAAAUAAGUUGGGUAAGGCUGGGUUAAUAAAUGUGGCACGAACCGCUAUGUCAAGCAAACUUAUCAAUUUAGAUGCUGAAAUGUUUUCACAAAUGGCUGUGGAUGCACUUAUGGCUGUUGAAGUCUCUGGAGGUCCCAAAGGUCCUGUUUAUCCCAUAAAAGCAGUUAACAUUCUGAAAGCCCAUGGACGAUCAAUGUCAGAGAGCAUGUUGAUAGAUGGUUAUGCUCUGAAUUGCACAGUUGCCAGUCAACAGAUGCCUCGAACGAUAAAAAAGGCGAAAAUUGCCUUUCUGGAUUUCAGCUUACAAAAAGUUAAAAUGAAACUGGGAGUUCAAGUUGUGGUUAAGGAUCCUGCCCAACUGGAAGCUAUCCGUCAACGCGAAGCUGAUAUCACAAAAGAACGUAUACAAAAGAUUCUUAAUGCUGGUGCUAAUGUCAUUCUUACAACUGGUGGAAUCGACGAUUUAUGCAUGAAGUAUUUUGUUGAAGUUAAUGCUAUGGCUGUACGUCGAUGCAAAAAAAUUGAUCUGAAAAAUAUGGCAAAAGCAACUGGAGGCCAGCUUAUUGUUAGCUUAGCAGAUAUGGAAGGUGAUGAAGUUUUCGAUCCAACAAAGUUAGGAAAUGCAGAGGAGGUAUCUCAAGAACGCAUAUGUGAUGACGAAUUAAUUAUACUGAGAGGUCCUAAAGUUCAUCCAUCGGCAAGUAUCAUUUUACGAGGUGCAAAUGACUUUUAUGUCGAUGAAAUGGAACGAUCUCUACAUGAUGCACUUCUGGUGGUCAAACGAGUUCUGGAAAGCAAACGCAUUGUACCUGGUGCUGGGGCUUGUGAAACAGCAGUCUCAAUCUAUCUGGAAAAUUAUGCUUUAACCUUAAGUUCACGUGAACAGUUAGCUAUUGCUGAAUUCGCUCGAGCUAUGCUUUCUAUUCCGAAACAGUUGGCUGUAAAUGCUGGUGUCGAUUCAACUGAACUAGUUGCACGUCUACGAUCUUGUCACAAUUCAAGUCAAAGUAAACCUGACCAAGCUCAUUACAAGUGGUGGGGAUUGGACUUAAAUAGUCAAUAUGUGGCUGACUGCAAAGAAUUAGGUGUUUUUGAACCACUUGUUUCUAAAAUUAAAAGUUUAAAAUUUGCUACUGAAGCCGCUAUCACUAUUCUACGAAUUGAUGAUUUGAUUAAAUUAAAAGAAGAGAAACAACCUGAUCAUGAUGGUGACGAGUGUGGUUAUUAAUUGAACUCGAUUCCGGUCAAUAUAUUUCUAUCGUUUGUUGGAAGAAAUAUAUGUGUUACAUAAUUUUAGAAUGUUUUAUGCUAAUUUGAAAUCAUCAGUAAAAGGUUAUGGAGAUUGUUGAGCGUAGAUUAAUAUCAUAAAUGAAUCAAUGUUAGACCACCAUUUAAAAUCUGGAAGCACUGUACAUCCAAACACUGUGCCAAAUAGGACAACAAGCUUCCUUAGCUAGGACUCUAGAAUCCCACGCCAUCGAUGUGUUCUGCGUCUCCGAAACGCGCAUACAGGAUCCAAGUAGCGUCAUUCAUUUGACCUCAUCAUGCCAAAAUAAAGAACUGACUCGAUUCACGCUUCGUGUAUCUGGAAGUCCUGAUUCUGCUUCCCGUGGCCUCGCCGGCGUAGGUAUAUCAUUGAGUCCUAGGGCAGAACUAGCUCUCUUAGAGUGGAUCCCAGUAGACAGUCGUUUGUGCGCUGUCCGACUGAACGGAACAGUAAGGAUCCGGAAAGAUAGGGACACUCGUCGUUGCCUCUUCGUCAUCUCUGCCUAUUCUCUCACUGACUGCAGCUCAGAUGAUGUAAAAGAUGAGUUUUACAGAAAGUUCUCCGACCUUCUCCGAAAAGCUAAGCGCUCUGAUGUAGUAAUAUUGGCUGGUAACUUUAAUGCUCAAGUAGGUAAACUAAGCGGUAGGGAAAGACACCUAGGUGGAUCUUACAGCAUCGUGGCUCAAAGAACAGAUAAUGGCGACCGUUUGUUGCAGCUAUGCUCAGAUAACCACUUGUUCCUUGCAAAUACUAACUUUAAGCAAAAGGAAAAACAUGUUUUAACAUGGCGACAUCCUAAUUCGUCCCAACGUUGGACCCAAAUAGAUCACAACGCUAUCAGCCACCGAUGGAGGGGCUCGAUAGAAGAUUGUCGCUCAUUCUGGAGCACAUGCUU